GGGUGGUGCAGUAAUGGUAACAGCAGCAUCACAGUAACACAGGCUGGUACACUCAACGGGUGUCAGUAUAAAGUGCUCUCCUCUCCUCUCAGAUACAAGUGUGUGGACGCUGCAGGCACUCUGUACGUUCAGCAUGGUGGACAGUAGAGGGCAGUGUGGAUUAACAGUGGUGGCAGUGGUGAUGGUGACAGCAGUGAUGGUGAUGAUGGCAGGUGUAGCAGAUGCAGUUAGCGACGACAUCCCUGACCCCUGUCAAAACAUUUCCAGUCUGCCAGCCAGGAAAAGGAACAUUUGCAAUGGUAACUGGUUGCUGUACGCUGCUGAGGCGGGUCACCUGCACCGCGUCCAUACUCUUCUUCAUCUGCCUGAGAGAUCCUACCUUAUGGCCUACACUGACAGUCAAGGACUGCGUAAGGGGUUCACUGCUAUGAUGCUGGCGGCUGAGAAGAAUCACACUGAGGUGGUGGAGGUUCUUGUGAAUGCUGGUUCGGAUGUCAACCACACCAGCAGAGCGAUGUACACGGUGGUAUACCUACUGGCUGAGAAGGGAGCCUUGAAGACGCUGAAGCAUGUACUGGACCUGGGAGCCGCACCUGACGUUAUGACCACCACAGGUAUGACGCCGCUACUGAUCGGAACCUGGAACGGCUACCCUGACGUGGUCAAAAUGCUGCUGGAGAAAGGUGCCAAUCCUAAUGUGGCAAUGCCUGACACUCUGUAUUCACCACUGUACAUGUCGUCCAAAGCUGGCGACGUGGACAUGGUCAGAGCUCUGCUGGUCGCCAAGGCUGAUGUUGACUUCCAGACGUCUUGGGGGGUGACUGCGCUGAUCGUAGCAACUGUGUGGGGAAGAGUGAGGGUGGUACCAAUACUACUGCAGGCACUAGCCAACCCUAACAUAGUGGAGAAAGACGGGUUUACAGCGCUGCACAAGGCUGUGUACUACCGUCAUGCAGAGAUCGUCAAGGCGUUACUGAACCACCGUGCUCUCGUCAACGUCCAAGACUCCUUCGGAAGAACACCGCUCCACUAUUGUGUGGUGAGGAGGAAGGGAGAGUGGAAAACAGGCUCUCCCAGGGCCUCGUCCAAGACCACUGCCACCAAGGUGACCAUGAUGAUGGAACUGUUAACCAGUUGUCCUGAUGUUACCAUCACUGAUAAUUCAGGCAAGACGGUCUUGGACCUGGCUGAAGAGUUUCAAGCAAUUGAGCUUCAGGAUGUACUUAAAGGCUACGACAAGUCGAGGUGUGGGUAGCCUGGCACUACUACCCUCCCUGAGAGAUCAGGUCACUGAUCCUCCUUCCUUGGAGGUCAAGUCAGUCCUCCUGCUACCUACGUGGAUGGGCGUCACUGUUCCUACCCUCGUGAUCAUGCCAGUAUCUUUCUGCCUAGGGGCAUUUACUUCACUCUUCCUACCUACGUGGAUUGGGGCAAGACAUUUGUAGUGUUGUAUAAUGUUUCUCUGCCCAGGAAUAAUAAGCAUCACUUACCAUAGUGAGAGAAGAUGAUAUCACUACCUACCAUACUGAGAGAAGCUUGACGUCACUACCUACCACACUGGGAGAAGCUUGACGUCACUACCUACCACACUGAGAGAAGCUUGACGUCACUACCUACCACACUGGGAGAAGCUUGACGUCACUACCUACCACACUGGGAGAAGCUUGACGUCACUACCUACCACACUGAGAGAAGCUUAACGUCACUAUCUACCACACUGAGAGAAGUUUUUCUUUUUCGGGCCACCCUGCCUUGGUGGGAGGCGGCCGAGGUGUUUAUCAUUAUCUGAUUUAAUGUUAAAGCUUUUUCUAUGAACAUGCAAUGUGCUCAUACAUUCUCCAGGAGAUGGGAAGUCUCCACAAACUCGUACGAAACAUCAGGUCUGGUGUCUGGAAAGCAAGGCCUUGACGGGAUGUCGGAAGACUUGUCAUGUAUAUGUGACGUUUUCAACACACAUGAUGCCUCACACAACGCGCAAGUUUAGAUUAAACAUUGCUUCAUACAAAAUAAGUUUAUUCAGGUAUAGGUACACAUAAUAAUGUAUAUGAAAAUUACCUAGGAUAACAUCCCCCCCCCCAAAAAAAAAGUCAGACUGUCCAUUCAUUUUGCUUUCUUGCGACCAUCGACGUCAGCACAGUUUACAGGCGCAGAGAAUAUCUGAACAUGCUUCCAGCGACGUAUGUAGGCAUCGUAUUGGCUAGUAUGUUUGUUGUCUCCUGAGACAUAUUCCCAUGUCUUGAAAGGUAAAAGGACGAGUUAAUUAUCUUUGAUGGUUCCAUCACAAAGUGCUUACAAAGAUUAUGUUUAGGUCUUAUUACUACGUUAAACACCUACGUCCACUGUGAGAGCAUUGUUAGUCAAGGUUCUUACUUAAGGAACACUGCAGAAACUUUUAAAGUCCAUCAGACACAAUGCAAAUUAUAAUUUGCAGGUCACAAAAAUAUAAAUAUGCACAACCCCCCUGAUCCCACCCAAUUUUUUUUCUUCUGAAAUCCACGAAAGAGGAAGAACGUACAGGAUGCAUUUCAAAUAGUUACUAAGAUAAUUAUCUUCAUUCCAAUGGUAUCCCAGUUCACCUAGCAGCAAAAUAGGUACCUGGGUUUUAAUCGACUGGUGUGGGUCGCAUCUUGGAGACAAAAUUAACUUAAGCUGCCCGAAAUUCUCUUCAUAACAAGGGGCUUUCUGCAUAGUAUGUCACUGUCGUCAGCUAUGGUCUGUAUUAGUUGCAUCAUGUACCUGUUAAAAUAAAUAUUAUUAAUGUUAUUAUUAGUUGUGUGGAUGGAGUUACAGUAAGUACUGGAAGGCUCCCAUAUACACAGCGAUUUUUUGUAGAUAUGACUGACGAAAAGGAGUACGGGAAAGUAAAAAACCCCUUGCAGCUUUCGAUUACUCCCUUUUUUUUCAAUAGCACUUAUAAAAAAAGAACGCACUCUAAAGAGAGGUCUUAAACGAGUGCCUUUUGUGGUUAGAUGGCAGUGCUGGUGCCUCGAGGUUCGUGGCACCUCUCUGGCCCUAGGCUCACUAACCACCUCUUAUUAUUGUCUUACUAAAAGUAUUGUAUG